AUGCCAGUGCGUAGGCCGAUCAGACGAGGCAAGGUCAGGCAAAAGCCGAGCAUAGCAAAGGAACAAGUUCUGCAGCCCGACUAUCAAGCCGGCGUAUCCUACUGGGCGCAGACGCCCGCCUCCCUGUCCGGCGUCAUGGGAGGCUACGGCGACUCCACCCAGCUGCCGAGAGUGGACGCACUCGGUUCGCGUACACUCCUUCUCACGCUCCUACCGGCAUUAUCGAGCCUGAGCGGUCCUCAUGCGACUUUGCCCCAAAGGACGCGAAGGAUGAGAGCCUUGGAUUGUGGUGCGGGGAUUGGAAGGGUGACGAACAGAGUCUUGCUGCCCUUGUUCGAUUCUGUCGACUUGGUCGAACCGCUCGAACAUUUCGUCGAGCAAGCAGUACAUGACUGUCCGGCUUGGUAUGGCAUGCAUCCCUCCUCGCCCUCGCCACCGCUCGCCAAGCGCGUUCGCUUCUUCCAAUGCGGCUUGCAGACCUUCGAUCCCGCCAAACCUGAUCUUGCUACUCUUGCUGCUGCGUUGACAGGGACCGGAUCAGUGCUCGAGGAGGAAGAAGAGCCAGGGUACGAUGUCGUCUGGAUACAGUGGUGCAUCGGCCACCUGUCGGAUACCGACUUUAUCGCUUUCUUGCAACGUUCCAAAGCUGCACUGAGACCGAACGGCAUGAUCAUGGUCAAAGAGAACCUAGCGCCUGCGGACGAGUCGCUCUUUGAUGCUGACGAUUCUAGCAUCACCAGAUCCGACCAGAACUUUCUGACCUGCUUCGCCCAAGCCGGUCUGAGCAUCAUCCGUCAGGAUAUCCAGCAUGAAGGACAACAGAUCUAA